AUGGGUGAGGUGUGGAAGCCAGAUGUAGUGGUUAGUAUGGUUGUGUGUCGCUUUUGGGAAUUUAAAGAGGUUCAGCUUAACUACACAAAGAUGGGGCAGGAAUUUGUGUGUGCCUCCUCACCGACUUGGCUGCCUCCUUUGUCUGGGUUUGUGAAGUAUAAUAUUGAUGCUAACUUUCAAUUGCAUUCUACUUUGGGUGGCGGGGGUGUAGUCUUUCGGGAUUCUAAUGGUACCAUCCUUUAUACUGUGAUGUUUAAACAAUUUCUUUGUUCUUCGGCAUUAGUGGCAGAGGCUAUUUCUUUUCAUCAUGCUAUCUAUUGGGCUCGUUCUCUUGGUUAUCAACAUGUGUGUUUUGAAUCUGAUGCGAAAUUGGUUGUGAAUGCUUUGGCCGAAGGUAGCUCUUGUCCAACUAAAAUUACUUCAGUUGUGUUCACUAUAAAUCGGGAGUUGCAAGCUUUCUCUAGGACUUUGCUUUCUCGUGUCCAGCGAUCUGGUAAUCGGGUGGCUCAUGCCCUUGCUCAGCUUUCGCGUGAACCAUUGGAUUUUGAUCGCGUGUUUGAGACUUUUCCUCCUCUGAUUGCUGCUUUGGCCUUGGGUGAUGCUGUGGGGUUUCAUGUUUGA